UCAAAAGAUUUAAGGAUCAAUAAUACCAAGUUGUCUUUGUCUGCCAAGACAAUAAGAAUGGCAUCUUCAAGCAGUAUUGAUGAGGGAGACAAGUACAGAUCUUACUUGUAUGGAGAGGGAGAGAGAAACACAAAGUGGAGGUAUGGUGCUCCUCCCAACUAUGAUGUUGUCAACAAGCUCUUUGAAGAAGGCAGAACUAAGAUAUGGCCACCAGGUUCAGUUGAAGAAAAAGUGCAAAACCUUGUGAAGACAUGGGAAAUGGAGAUGUUCCACAAGACAUGUUUUGAUGACUACAAAACAGUUGAUCCAAUCAAGUAUAGAUUCAGCCUCAAUGGAAGGAAAGGCAUAACAUUGGAAGAAAAGCGAAAGAUCGGGGGAGGCUACAAUUAUCUGAUGCAAACCUCCUUGCCAGAGAAGUUCAGAGCUUACGACCCAACUAAAGAGACUGUGGAUUCAGCACACAUUGCUUUCACAACUGCAUUUCCACGAGGAUUUGCCCUAGAGGUCCUCCAAGUUUAUUCCGGGCCACCAGUGAUUGUGUACAAGUUUAGGCAUUGGGGGUUCAUGGAGGGUCCUUUUAAAGGACAUGCCCCAAUUAGUGAAAUGAUUGAGUUUUAUGGCAUGGCCAUUUUUGAGUUGGAUAAAAAUUCAAAGAUCGUGAAGGUGGAAUUCUUCUAUGAUCGCGGAGAACUGCUUGGGGGUCUUAUGAAGGGCAAUAAUACUGGUGAUAAUUCGACAACUGAGAUGGCUUCAAGCUGCCCUUUCUUGAAGAACACUGGGUAGUCCUGUACCUUUUAGCUGGGGUUUAGAUUUGCAUUCACUCUCACCUCUAAUUAUGUACAAUGAAAGCCAAAAUGGCCUUUUUAGUUGUUCUAUCUUGCACAAUUUGAAUGUAUUUAGUAACAACUUUCAUGUAUAAUAACUUUUGAGAGUUUGCAGUUACCAUUUUCAUGGACACAUUAUUAUUACUAGAAAGGAAAUGAAGUUAUAAAUAGAACUAGUAAAGUUCUGAGCCAAG